AUCAUUUCGUUAUUAGUUAACUUCAGCGUGCCCGCAGAGCCGCAGUGCGACGUUACUUUCGUAAACUUGUGCGAAGUUUUAACAGACUUGCGAAUGUAAUAUCCCAUUGACGAACAAAUAUUACAAAAAUGCCGACGUUGAACCUCCCGGAGUGUCCAACUCCUUUAAAGAGCAUUCAACACUUUCUGAAGGCUGCCACAGAACAUGAUCAGCGGGAUCCUGUUAUCAGUUAUUGGUGUCGCCUACACGCUUUACAAACGGGCUUAAAACUGUCGACCAAAACGUCAGAGGAAACUGGAUUUCUAUUAAAAUUGAUGGACUGGUUGGAGCAGACAAAAAAAACCCAGCAUGAGAACGAAGCGAUAACAAAUGAGGUUGCUGCUCAGGCUCAUUUGGAGAAUUAUGCACAUAAAUUGUUCAUGUAUGCAGACAGCAAUGAUCGAGCUUCAAAUUUUGGAAAAAAUGUUAUCAAGGCAUUCUAUAGCUCUGGCGUAAUAUACGACGUGUUGACGACGUUUGGUGAGCUUAGCGAGGAAGCUGCUCAAAACAGAAAGUACGCCAAGUGGAGGGCUGCGUACAUACAUAAUUGCUUGAAGAAUGGCGAGACCCCUGUCCCUGGCCCAAUGAAAGGCGAAGGCGAAGAAAACGAGGAUGCAGAUGCCGAUGCUGCUUCCGGACCACCCGGAAACAUACCUUCAACUUCUGGCUUAGAUGCUGAUGGAAAUAGUGGAGAGGCGCCUGAUCAGCCUGAACAAAGAGAAUCUGAUUCAAUCCCAGCAGCUGAUCAGGCAGGUGAACUGAAAUCUGAAACCGACGAGCCUCCUGAAUAUGAGGUUUCAGAGCCAGCUGAUGAUCCUGGGACAGAACCAGAAAAUAACUCAGCUGAGGAGAACCAGGAAAAUGAUGAUGAAGGGGGAAUCUCACAGCCUGGACCACCAUCUGGCACAGAUGCCUUCGGUUUUCCGUCCGUUCCUCAGAGUUCAGCACAUAAUUUCCCAGUACCACCCAGUAAUCCGAGUCAAGGUAAUCUGCCUUACCCAAAUUUACCUGGUUUCAAUAGCACCCCGAUGAGUCCAACUCCUUACAAUCCAACACCGGCUCCCACUCCCACCCCCACUAACGUAACGCCGAGCCAACCAUCGGCUGAAGACUACAAAAUUACACCAACUGCGGAGGGUGGAGUUUCUUUGGACAUAGAACAGAUGAACAAGGCACAAAAAUACGUUAAAUGGGCUGGAAGUGCAUUAAAUUACGACGAUGUGCCGACAGCAGUUGAGAAUCUGAGAAAAGCGUUACAGCUUUUGACUACCGGCCAGGACCCUGCUUAGUUGUCAAAACAAAUUGUUGCAUUUAUGCACAUACAUACCUAUUUGUCCACUCCGUAAACUGGCAAGAAACGCAUCACUUGACACACAUUCUUUCCACAACCUUAUUUUCAUACCUUUUAUCACAAUACUUGCUUAAUCGAGUAGGAAAAAAUCUAUAGAAUAAAUUGUUAUUCUUAACUGUGAUAAAUUUGAAUCGCUUCUUGUUCGUAUUGUGUAUUUCACUUUUUGUAACAUCAGUGACCCGUUUCAUUCCGUUAUUUCUCUAUAAAAUAUAUGGUGCCAGCCAGUGCUUGAAUAAACAUAGUGUCAAGUUAAGUUGUCCAAUAUCAGUAGUUGGCAAGCUUUGAUUACAAAUUAACACAAGCCCUUAAAACUAAUAUAUGAUAAUAAAUAAAAAAUAAACGUGAACUUCUCCGCUACUAUCCAUGGCUAACAUCGAAUACGAUUCUUUUUUCCUUUUAAUGAGUUGAGUAAAAUUUUGCUGUAAGUUUCGUUAAGUGGUGAGCACUACAUUUUUCCCAGUAUUUUGAAAAAUGCUUAUUCCGAAUCGUUAUUUCAUUGUAAAAUAUAGUCACGGACCUGCCUGCUAAAGAUAUAACGUAGGAAUGGUUAAGCUCGCAAGGAAGUAUAACCAGUACUAAAUAAUCAGAAAAUAACUAUUUGCCUAAAGAGUAGAUACGUGCGGUAAAGUUAGUGUAUUUUUCUUAUUUCACACGCACACACAUUUAUAUGCGUAAAGUAAGAUAAACUAUACAUAUAUCUCGAUCUAACAAUUUGUAAAUAAUACAGUUAAUACGUAUUCACUGGAUACCAGCUACGUUUAACAAAGAUAAACUCAUGUUAAUAAAAGAAGAUCUUAUGCAACUCGAGUACACUUUAUCAAUCCCGCAGUCGUUGAACAAGGAUACCAUAAACAUACUUGGGUACCAAUGAUGAAGAAAAGGCCAGGUUUAAUUUCGGAUUUCACAGCACUUUAUAUUUUCGAAGGACAUUAUUCGACAUCAAAUCAGACAGGUGUGUGUAUUUUUUACAUUUUUUACUUCUCUUUGUUCAUAAAAAUUCAUUAUCAUAGUAUAACUCAGUGAUUUCUCAUAUAUGUAUAUACAUAUACUUUUGUUUUCGGUCUACUGUCGUGCGGUGGAUAACUCAGAGGCAUACAUGUAUCACAUUGGGCUUUGUUAAUAAGUUCGAUUAACUCUAUUAAAA